AUCGCCUCACCAAGUUUUUUCUGUUUUCCUUCCCAUUUCUUAUUCAAACUUGGCUCAUAUUGGGAAUUCUGAAUUGCCCAGUUGUCUGCAACGUCGUAAAUUCUGCGUAGUGUUUUGAUUUUGAUCCCCCGUUCUGUUUUUAUGCGAUUCGGGACACUGGAUUGAUAGGACGCUGGACGAUGUCGAUUCUCGGGUCCUUCUUCAACAGGGGUUUUAUGGCUUCCAAAUGCAAAACCCUGCUGAAGCUGACAAUUCCACGUAUAAAGUUAUUAAGAAACAGAAGAGAGAUUCAGUUAAAGCAGAUGCGCCGUGACAUAGCCAAGCUCCUUGAGACUGGUCAAGAGGCUACUGCUCGAGUCAGGGUAGAACAUAUUAUCAGAGAGGAGAACAUGAUGGCUGCCCAAGAGAUCAUUGAGUUAUUUUGUGAACUUAUCGUGGUCCGCCUUCCAAUAAUUGAAUCACAAAGGGAAUGCCCUCUAGAUUUGAAGGAAGCAAUAUCUAGCAUAUGUUUUGCUGCUCCAAGAUGUGCUGAUCUGCCAGAGUUGCUGCAGGUGCAACUACUAUUUGCAUCUAAAUAUGGAAAGGAAUUUGUAUCAGCGGCAACUGAGCUCAUGCCAGAUUGCGGGGUUAAUCGCCAGUUAAUAGAGCUUCUAUCUGUUCAUGCUCCAUCGCCAGCAAAGAAACUGAAUCUUCUCAAAGCAAUUGCAGCUGAGCAUGAGAUAGAUUGGGAUCCAGCUGCUUCAGAAGCUGAGCUCUUCAAAAAACAAGAAGACUUACUGAAUGGCCCAACACAAAUUUCUAGCGAAUUUAAAUUGAUCCUCCCUGAUGAAAAGCACAAUGAAGCAUCCUACUCUGCUACCAACCAACCCAACCAAGAGCAUCCUGAAGUUCCUCAAGCACCAAUCCUCUCGAACGUAAAUAUUGCCACAGCUCCAGAAAUGGCCACUCCUCCGUGUUUUCCACAUCAUGAAGCUGAAUAUCUCUCAUCAAGUCAUUCUGGAGUUACUGAAGAUGUAAAGCAGGAGCAAGUUGAAGAAAGAUCAAUCAUACAUAAAGAUGAACCUCAAACCUCUGGUAGAACGGACAAUAAGCAGUUUGUGCCAUUUAUCUCUCCUCCGUUAGCAUCAAUGGGAUCAUUUUCCACAAGGCAGAGUGAUUCACCUCCCUCGCUUGAAAAGAAGUCUGAGGCCGAUGCAAAUUUGCAGGAUGUGUUGGAUGCGGCUCAUGCUGCUGCUGAAACUGCUGAAUGUGCAGCAGCUGCAGCUCGGUCAGCAGCUAGUCUUGCAGAAAUCCGUAUUAACGGGCUUACCAAGAAAUGCAGUGAGCACGAAGUAGGUAGUACCUCUGAGAAUCCAUUCCAUUCUGGUAGUUCUCAAGAGUCUGUAACAACAGAAAGGGGACUUUUCAAUGAGCAAAAUACCUUUAAUGACUAUGAUGGCAACUUUGUGAAUGAACUGGAAUCUCAUCAGGAUCAUCAUGCAGCUAAGUCAGCAGCGAGUUUUGAACAAGUCCACAUUAGCGAUCUUACGAAGAAAAAUAACUUAUGUGAACCAGAUGAUGCCUCUGAGAAUCCAUUCUAUACAAACAGCGCAGAUCGAUCUGCAGUAGACGGGAGGCAUUUCGCUGAGAAAAAUAUUGCAGGUGACCAUGAGAUGGAAACCCAUCGGGCUAAUAAUGCCUCCACAGGACCUCAAUCAUCAGGUUCUCCUUCAUACGACACUAUCAAGGCAGAUUCUAAUUCUUCACUUCCCAAUUAUGAAACACUAGAUGACAAAUCAUCUACUAGUCUCCGGGUUAGGAAUUUACCUUCGAUGGAAGAUGAUUUAUAUUCUUCGUACCCCAAUCUAUUUACCUUUCCGAACUCAAAUAAGGGACCUCAGACUGGUUCAGAUGCUCAUCAUUCCAAUUCAUGACCUGUGACGCAGAGUUUUGGCUUCAAAUUCUUACACUACAUGCUGUGGCUUCCUCUGCAUCAGUGAACGCUCAUCGAGCAUUCAGUUGCUGCGGUUUAGAAUCCUUUUUCCCCUUUCGGGACACCAAAGUUGUUUGAUGGUGGUUAAGGCUACAACAAAUGCAAAGAACCAACAUUGUAUAGGAAAUAAGGAAUUUCAAAUUCCGUAGUUUCAUGGGCAGCGCAUGAUCUUUGCUUUUCUUCUGGUAAAAGAUAGACGGAGAAUGCUAAAUGGGUAAGUAUUUACAAGUUCUUGUGUAAGUAUUGUAAUCUUGUAGAUUGGGGAUUUCCAGUUGUAUCAUUUUACUGGUAAUUCUGGACAUCUUUGAAGACAUGUUUCUAUAUUUAAAUUUCGGCCAAAACAAAAGUUCUAUAUAAAAAAAUCCUUUAGAAGCGCA